CUCCACCAUUCUCAUUAUUCAUAUCAAUGACAAAGUUCCCAACCUCGCCCGACACCUAUCUUGCCAUAAAUUAUGAGCCAAACAGAGCAGCAGCGUUUGUGCUUGGCGCAGUAUUCUAUGCCUUUGGGUGCCUGCUAAUUGCCCAGUCGGCUGUGGUAAGCCGAGUCAUACAAAAUGUCCUGGCACCAUUGAUUUCAGGGAUCCUUGGCAGCGCGCUGAUCGUCCGCGGUGCCAACGUGCUGAACGAUGUUGGGGCCAGUGCGAUGACUGGCCUUCACUUUAUUCUACUGGCACGUCUGCUGUGUCUGGUGCCUAAUACCCCCAGUCGUGUCAAGCGCAUAGCCAUGUGUACUGGCUCAUUUGCUGCGGCCAUCAUCUUUGGCGUGCUAGCUGGUGCUGGCUACGCACUGUUGAAAGGUGGUGCUUCGCCAGAUCAGGUCAAGGUUGCAGAGAGGAUCAUCAAGGCUGGGGUCGGCGGCCAGUUUGCUCUCAGUAUAAUAUUCCUGUCGGUUAUGUAUCAUUACGAAACAACAUCUGAUGGGCUGCGCCGGUACAAGGGCUGGAUGUUUGUUAUUCAGGCAAGCGCUUUGCUUGUCUUCAGUCGCAACCUGGCCCGCCUGAUUACGACUGCUUUCACAACAAUCAACUCGACUCGGAAUUCAGAAGCUGCAGCAUAUUGCACCGACAUGCUAUUUACCCUGCUAGUGGUGGUGGUGUGGGCUAUUUCCAAUCUUCCUCGUCUCCACUACCCCGGUACAACCUCAGAGAAGAGGGCUGCGAGCUGACGUUGCCAAGCUUUCGUCCACACUGUUCCUGGGCAUUGAAGAUGUGGGAACCGUUCUUAGUCCAGCCGAAAAUGAAAACAAACACAUCUAACUAGCUGCGGUUUUAGUUGCGGCGUUCCGCUUGAUUGGCAUUGACCCCGCUGCCAAGACUCUUGACAUGGCAACUAGUCACACUUGGCACGGAUCAGCAUGAAAAUAGUGUGAAUUUUUUUGAGAAAUCAAGGUACAUAUGCAUCAACAAACAGGAUUUUUCUCCAAACUGAGCAUUCCAUCUUCUGAGCUAUUCUUGGCACAAGUCUGCAUGGGAGCGCUGCUCUACAU